AUGCUUCAUUUCCGCACAGAAGGCUUUCAAGGCUAUGCGGUCAAAUACUCCCCUUUCUUCGACAAUCGGCUAGCCGUAGCCACGGCCGCGAACUUCGGCCUCGUCGGCAAUGGCCGUCUCUACAUCCUCGAAUUGACGCCGAACGGCAUUAUGCCGGUCAAAUGGUUCACAACACAAGACUCCCUCUACGACCUCGCCUGGUCCGAAGUCAACGAGCAUCAAGUCCUAACCGCCACCGGCGACGGCAGCAUCAAGCUCUUCGACGCGACCCUAAACGACUUCCCCAUUCAGCACUGGAAAGAACAUAAUCGCGAGCUGGGACGGCACCGUGCGCAUCUGGUCCCCGCACCGGCCGCAUUCGCUCACGACGCUCCCCACGCAUAG